UACAAAAGGCUCCCUCUCUUCUUCUCAUUAUAACAUAAUAAUAUGAUGCUCUUUUCACUCAUAAAAGAACAGAAACACUGCUUUAUAUUCCAUUGGUCUCUCCUAUGCCUCAAGUGAGCUCGGUGUCCUGUCCUGCUCACCCACCGUCUAUCGUCUCUCUCAUCACAUCUUCUGGCUCUUGAUACCCGUUAAUUAAAAGCACACUUCCCUUUCUAAUUUCGUCUAGUAUAUUUAUUUAUUUUAUCUCUGUCGUUUUGAGCUCAUUGCUACAAAUCACUGUCUAGGGUUCCAUCAAAAACCUCUAUUUGAUAAUCUUAGAUCUGAAAUUCGAUGUCACAGGGCGGUUAUGCUAUUGAACUUUACUUGGAUCCAGCACUUGAAAACCAGGUGUUGAAGGCCUGGAACGUGCUAGCUCGACGCCAAAUAAGCAGCCAAUUAAUUGAAAUCGAGUCUCGCCCUCAUAUAACCUUGUAUUCAGCUCCCUUCAUUGAUCCCACUAAGCUUGAAUCAAUCAUCAAGACUUUCGCAUCUAAGCAAGAGCCGUUACCCUUAUCUCUCUCCACCAUAGGUUGCCACAACAAUCUCCUCUUCUUGGCCCCUACGCCUACUCUUUCUCUUCUUCAAUUCCAUUCUCAGUUAUGUGAUGCGAUGAGGAGGGAGGGUAUUGAGAUUAGUGAAGACUAUCGCCCCGAAAAUUGGAUUCCUUAUUGUGCAGUUGCUCAGGAUGUCCCAAAGGCAAGAAUGGCCGAGUCUUUAUGUGUUUUGAGAGAUUUGAAAUUGCCUGUUGCUGGGUAUGCAAUGGAUAUUGGGUUAGUGGAGUUUUCGCCCGUUCGAGAGUUCUUUUCGUUCGUGCUUGGUAACACAGUAGAAGGAUGAUUUUUCUAUUUUUUUUUUGGAAAUAGUUUUUUUAAUAAUUUGAAUGUGUUACAUUUAUAUCAGUGCUGCUAGUUUAUAGCAUAGUAGAGAUUUUGCUUAUGAUUAUAGUUCUUGGAUGAAGAUUCUGCUUGUUUACCUCUA